UCGCGUGAUCGCAAUGGGGUCUUCAUGAUGCUUUCGCAUCAGGCCUACUUAACAACGAGGUUUUAUUAGACACCGGCUUUGUCCUUCUCCCUUCUAUCCGUCAUGUCGCCGCUCAUCAAGACAUGGGCAUCGAUAGUGGCCCUGGUGGCCGCCGCCGCUGUACCCCAAGGUGCAUUUGCGCUAAUAACAAGCGAUGUAACGUGCCUCUCUUCGUUUGGUUGGAUGAACAACAGUCGUGGCCAGGACCCGUGCUUAGUGACUGCCUACCUAGGGAGCCCUUGUUCCGAUGGAGGUAUGCAUGUUCGUUGCUUAGCGUGCUUUUGCCUUACUUUUUGGGCAGAGUAUACGAUCGAGUCUAUCCCUGCGGGUGCCCAAUAUCAAGGUCCCCCGCUCGACGGCGCCAAUCCUUGCCAAUGUAACACAGUAAUCUAUUCAACAACGAGCGCUUGCGGUGUUUGUCAAGGCCGCACGGUUCAGGCCUGGAGUGCCUGGAGAGCCCAAUGUUCUACGUAUUUUAACCAAUCAUAUCCAUCGACCAUUCCGAAUGGCACUUCGGUUCCGAAUUGGGCUUACCUGGAUGUUGAACCUAGUGACGCAUUCAAUGCCACGGCAGCGCAGCUGGAUGGAGAUCUACCAGAAGCUAAUGCAACCACGCCGCUAUCCACUACCGCACUGACUUCAACUACAACCACAGGAUUUACAACCACACCCACAGGAUCUUCAACCGCAGGCACAGGAUCUUCAACGCCUACUUCGAGAAGCUCGAACGUUGGGGCUAUAGCCGGGGGUGUUGUUGGAGGAAUUGUAGGGUUCGGAGUAAUCGCGGGUCCUGCAGCAUGGCUCUUUAUCAGGCGCCGUCGUUCUCGCAAAGCACCAUCAGUGCCUUACAGCCAUCAACCAUUCAUGACGCAGCCUCCGCUUCGCUAUGAUCCCGAAAACCCGAGCACUUUCCCACCACCCCCUACUCCUGCCAUCCCAACCACCCCAUCAUCCAACGUUUACCAAAACUCAGCCAACACCCAGGUAUCCUCCCACCAGUCGCAUCUUGGGCAAUACAGUGGUGUUCCGGAGAUCUGAAAUUGCUUGCGAAGAUGGCCUUUGAAUGUUAUUUUGGCCGACACGUUAGACCAUGGUAAUAUAGAUUGGUAGCUGCAGAUGACUUUGGGUGGCAAUGAGCCUUGUGCGGCAGUUUUGCUGAUACAUAUUCGAUUUCGCUAGAGGAUGUCUGACCUAGGAUUUCGCCC